UCUUAUUUUCCCCUCACUUUCUCACACUUUAAAAUGGCGGCGUUGAGCAGCGCCGAGUCCCCACCGCCCGUAUUUAACGGAGACACCUCGGAGAGGCAGCCGGGCGGGGAGCGGGGCCUCGAAGAGCUGGGCGCCGCGCUGGAGCCCCCCUGCACGGCGGGGAUCCCCGGGGGUCCGCAAGACGAGGAGAUCUGGAACAUUAAACAGAUGAUCAAGUUGACACAAGAACACUUAGAGGCUCUUCUGGACAAGUUUGGAGGAGAACACAAUCCUCCGUCUAUAUAUCUCGAGGCCUACGAGGAGUACACCAGUAAGCUGGACGCGCUCCAGCAGAGGGAGCAGCAGCUGCUGGAGGCCACGGGCAACGGCACCGACUUCUCCUCCUCGCCGACUUCCGUGCCGGCCCUCCUGGAGGUCAAGAUGGGAGGGUGCGCGGCGGGCGGCGGCGGCGCUCAGGCGUUCCCCUCGGCGCCCAACACCCUGGCUGUCCUCCAGAAACCCACGGACGCCAGCCGGAGCAACCCGCGCUCCCCGCAGAAACCUAUCGUUCGGGUCUUCCUGCCCAAUAAACAGAGAACCGUGGUUCCCGCCCGGUGUGGGAUGACUGUGCGAGACUCGCUCAAGAAGGCUCUAAUGAUGCGAGGACUCAUCCCAGAGUGCUGCGGCGUCUACAGGAUACAGGACGGGGAGAAGAAGCCUAUUGGUUGGGACACGGAUAUCUCGUGGCUGACGGGGGAGGAGUUGCACGUGGAAGUCUUGGAGAAUGUGCCGCUCACCACGCACAACUUUGUGAGGAAGACCUUCUUCACGCUGGCCUUCUGCGACUUCUGCAGGAAGCUGCUUUUCCAGGGCUUCCGCUGUCAGACGUGCGGCUACAAGUUCCACCAGCGCUGCAGCACGGAGGUCCCGCUCAUGUGCGUCAACUACGACCAGCUAGACUUGUUGCUGGUGUCCAAGUUCUUCGAGCAUCACCCUUUCACCCAAGACGAGGUCUCCUCCGAGGGGACCACCCCCGUGUCCGAAGCUUGUCUGUCGCUCCCCCCGUCCGACUCCACCGGGUCUAUAUGCCACGCCACGCUGUCGCCGUCCAAGUCCAUACCUAUCCCGCCUAGUUUCCGGCCCAGCGAGGAGGAUCACCGCAACCAAUUUGGCCAGCGGGACCGUUCAUCCUCCGCCCCCAACGUCCAUAUCAACACCAUCGAGCCUGUCAACAUCGACGACCUGAUCCGAGAUCAGGGAUUAGUGAGGUCUGACGGAGCCCCCCCGAACCACCCUGCCCGCUGCUUGAGGAAGCACCGAACACGGACCUCAAGCCCCCUCCUAUACUCCUACCCCAAUGACAUAGUGUUUGAUUUUGAGCCCGAGCCUGUGUUCCGAGGGUCCACCACUGGACUGUCGGCCACUCCCCCUGCCUCGCUCCCCGGCUCCCUGACCAACGUCAAGGUUCCCCAGAAGUCACCGUGCCCGCAGAGGGAGCGGAAGUCCUCGUCUUCGUCCGAGGACCGCAAUAAGAUGGUGGGUUCCGUGAGAAUCGAGCUCCGUCCCGUCUCGAUUGAAUUUGUUUCACUGUGUCGUGUGGAACAGAAAACGCUGGGGAGGAGGGACUCUAGUGACGACUGGGAAAUCCCCGAGGGUCAGAUCACUCUGGGUCAGAGGAUAGGCUCCGGCUCCUUUGGGACAGUCUUCAAAGGAAAGUGGCAUGGUGACGUGGCGGUGAAGAUGUUAAACGUCACUGCUCCGACACCCCAGCAGCUUCAGGCCUUUAAGAACGAAGUGGGAGUCCUCAGGAAAACGCGUCACGUCAACAUCCUGCUGUUCAUGGGCUACACCACCAAGCCUCAGCUGGCCAUUGUGACGCAGUGGUGUGAAGGCUCCAGCCUGUACCACCACUUGCACAUCAUCGAGACCAAGUUUGAAAUGAUCAAGCUUAUCGACAUCGCCAGGCAGACCGCUCAGGGCAUGGAUUACCUACACGCCAAGUCCAUCAUCCACCGUGAUCUGAAGAGCAACAAUAUUUUCCUCCAUGAGGAUCUGACGGUGAAGAUUGGUGACUUUGGCCUAGCCACAGUCAAGUCCCGCUGGAGUGGCUCCCACCAGUUUGAACAGUUGUCUGGCUCCAUUCUGUGGAUGGCUCCGGAGGUGAUCCGGCUGCAGGACAAGAAUCCCUACAGCUUCCAGUCCGACGUCUACGCCUUUGGCAUUGUGCUGUAUGAACUCAUGUCAGGAGCGCUGCCCUACUCCAACAUUAACAACAGAGAUCAGAUAAUUUUCAUGGUGGGUCGAGGUUACCUGUCCCCCGACCUCAGCAAGGUGCGUAGCAACUGCCCAAAGGCCAUGAAGAGACUCAUGGCCGACUGCUUGAAGAAGAAGCGAGAGGAGCGACCUCUCUUCCCUCAGAUCUUGGCGUCCAUCGAGCUGCUGGCUCGCUCGUUACCCAAAAUCCACCGCAGCGCCUCUGAGCCUUCGUUAAACCGAGCGGGCUUUCAGACGGAGGACUUCAGCUUAUACUCCUGCGCCUCGCCCAAAACCCCCAUCCAGUCGGGAGGCUACGGGGAGUUUUCAGCAUUCAAGUAAGUGCUGUGUAUCUCACCAGCCCAUCUCUGGUCACUGCUCCGAAGUCCUCCGGUCGUUGCCGUGGAUUAAUUCAUCACUGGGGGAAAAAAAACAACAACAAACUGAAAUGUAGUCUUAAACGAAUGUGCCGUUAUCUUCCUCUACCAAUGACGAGAUUCCUUCCAACUUCAAAGCAGUUCAUCGGGCAACGAGCCAAAACGACAGGCAAACCGGAUCGGGAGGGGGAGAAAAAAAAAGGAAAAAAAAAAAGAAUCAAACCAUACCAAAAAAAAAAAAAAAAUAACCCAUCAUAAAUGGUAAAGAAAACCAAGCGCGAAGAUAUCCAUACCUAAACCAUUUGGAGGUGGGGUAAACUUCCCGGGUGGACUAGCCCGCCGAAGAAAAUGGCGACAAGGUGAGGACGAGGCCGAGCGGCUGGAGCUGCACUUUGGAAGGAGGCCCGCAGGGGGCGGCCCUGUGCCGGGCGCUUGCAGGCUCGCCGAGAUGAGUUGAGAAGCCGGGGGGAGCGCUCCCCCCCCCCCCCCCCCCCCCCCCACACACCUGUGACUUGAAAGCUACUUUUUCUAUAUAUAGCUAAGUUUGUCAUGCUACCACUUUAACUAGUGGUCGCAAGAGUUUCGGGUUUUGGGGAGAAAAAUGUCCGUCCAGCAAAAAAGCUUGUUGCUUUUUGCCUUCCACCCCCCUCUCAAUUCCUCACCUUACUCUUGUCAAAAUGUUUGAUAUCAUUUAGACGGGUGAAAACGCUCCCUCAAAUGAGACGUCAUCAGUAGAGCACCAAUCAAAAACAGAUUCUAUUAUUUUAUUUAUUCAUUUCAUUGUUUGCCGACAGACACGACCAUUUUUUGUUUUGGGCAAUGGAUGCACAACAUUAUUUUUUUUUUUUGCAGAGAAAAGUGGCAAAACUUUUGGGGUGAUAAAUGCGACAACUUUUUUUGACGAUAGAAGCAACAUAACAUUUUGCCUUUUUUUUUCUUUUUUUUUUCUCUCAAAAGGAGGAACAACUUUUUGGUGAUAGAAGCAGCACUUUUUUGACUACAGAACAACUUUUUGUUUAAUGAUAGAAAGGAGACAAUUAUUAUUAUUUUAAUGAUAAAAACAAGAUUUUUGGGGACAGAAGUAAGUGACAGCUUUUUGGGUGAUGGAAGCGGCAACACUUUUGUGGGGUUAGAGGUGACUUUUUUGGCAAUAGAAGCGACAACGUUUUGGAGAGGUGACUUUUUUGGGCGAAAGAAGUCACCCCGCUUUUAUUGGCUAUAGAUAUAACCUCUUUUUUUGGGUGAGAGAAUGCCCAGUUUUUUGCGAUAGAAGCAACAAAAUUUCAGGUGUGUGUGUGUGUGGGGGGGGGGGGUCAGGGGGGUUAAUAGCAGUGGGAUCCACAUUCCAUUUUUCAAGCACUGAAUGAACAGUUGACGUGGAAGUUAUUUCGGGGUAUCUUAAGCUUUUGGGGGGGAUUUUGAUUUCAAAGUACAGAUUCCAAGUUGAGGAGCACAUUUUGUGCAUGUCAUUGUUUCUGUUUCCUUUUUUUUUUUUUUUUUUUUGUGUUAAGUGGCUCUAAUAUAUAAUUUAAAAUAUAAUUUAUAUUCCAGAUCCGACUUCUUACGGCAGCCCGACUAAAAGGGCUGCGGUGCCACUUGAUGAAACGACUGUCGAUCCUCUCAAGUGUUGUGUAUUUAAGAUGGCUCUUUCGGUCACAUUAACAUGAAUUCAUUCCAGAAUGUGUGCUUUUGUUUUGUUUUUUGCCUUUGUUGUUUUUUGUACAGACCAGCAGUAUUUAUUUGUCAUUUAGUUCUUACAAGCUCAUUCUCAGAAAUAAUUUACAGCUUUCUUGCCAAGUCUGUGACUUCUACACAUUGCACUUUUGUAGAAAUUUAUUGAAGCAAAUGAGCGACUUGUCUUUUUUUUGUUGUUUUUUUUUGUUUUUGUUUUUGUUUUGUUUUGCGAAUUGCGACAAAGCACAUAGCGGUAUCCGGAGCCGGUGGCCUCACACGCUUGGCAUCCGCAGGACCCGAUGCUACCAAUUUUCUGUCAGCCUACUUUUAAUUUAGUCACGUGUAGCCACUCGCAAAGUGAAAAGAGCUGAGCUUGCGAUACGGUUUGUUGUUUUUGUUUUGGAUAUGAAGCGUGUAAUUUGUUAAGGGUUCAUGAAGGAUUAUGCUUCGCUUCCCACUUCCAGGCAGCUCCUUUUACAAGAGUAAUUUGCUAAUAUCUGAUAUUCAGUCCAUGUUUGAUGUUAACUUUGGUUUACGGUCAUGUUUGUGAUCCCCCUCAGCCAUUAAAAAAAAAUGCAUAGCAUCUGUUGAAAAGUAUUACUGGCAACUGUUUAAUCAAUUUUUCAAAUAGGUUCAUGCUUUUCAUUUUACAGUACAGAGAACAAUACAAAAAUAUGACUUCAUAUUUUAUGUCAACCACAAAAACCGCAGGCAAAAAAAGUGGAACCAUUUGACUCCAAAAAACUGAAAAAAAUAUUUAGUUAAUAAUUUGGGGUGACCGUACUUAGCGUUGGUUCCUAUAAAAGCAUGUAUCUGCUUUUUUACAUCAUAUUGUUUAUCUGAAAUGCAAAGUUGUUUUUGUUUUUUGGGCAAAGAAGAUAAAAGAAGACUUUCAAAAAUGUGGAGAUAAAUGCUUUUCAUCUGACAGCUAUUCUGUGAAGAAGGGAGAUUGUUUUGGGUUCAUUGGGAAAUUUUCAUUUUCUAUUCAUGACAAGCAUGUAUGUCCAAAUUAAAUAUUUUUAAUCCUAGAAACAAACCAGAAGAAAAAACUAAACACAAAAUUUUGACAUACAAGCUUUCUCAUUGGACAGUCAUUUUUUUUCUGUUAAAUGUUCAAAAAUAGCAUAGGGUUUAUGAAAUGAAAAGCACGUAGUGUAUCUCCAAAAUUUGGGACAUUUUUCAGCAUGUUUCUCUUUUUUUUUUUUAAAUGUAUCACACAUUUGCAUUUUCAACCAAUAGAAAUACUUUUUUGCUGUUUUCUGAUUUACCCAAAAAAAAAAAGAAAACAACGUAAGAAAAAAAACGCAAAAUCUGGAGAUGCCUCAAGUCAUUCUGGAAUGAAGACACUGCCCUUCAAAAAUGGCAUAAGGUGGCUAUGCAAUGAAAAGCAUGCGUCCCCAAAUUUUUGGAAAAUCUUUGAUACAAAACUUGACUUAUUUUGUUGUUCUUGAUGUUUUUCUGAUUUAAAGAAAAGUGCAAAGAUUCAUAUAUUUAACAUGGAACUAUAGUGUGCUAGUUUUUAAAAUGUAAAAAAAAAAAAAAAAAAGCAAAAAUCAGGAGAUACAUGCUUUUUUAUUUAUUUAUUUUUUUUACUUUUUGUGUCUCUUGGUUGUUGGAGAACACCCUCUUUAAACGGGAGUUGCGUUGUGAUAAUGUCUGUUACAUUUCUCUACUGUUUCAAUUAUUAUUAUUAUUAUUAUUUUGUUCAUUGGCUGCAGUUCAACUAUGAAGGCUUUGCUUAAGAGUUCCUCGAUGUUUGAACACCAUUCCAAGCGCAUUGACUCAGAAGUGGUCUUCUUGUCAAUAUCGGCCAGCAUAUCACAGCGUUAAACACUUUUAAUUUCCUGUAUUGUUCUGUAAUUUUCCACGUUCUACCCCCUCCCAUUGAAAUCUACUCCGUAAACUCACACUGUAAUGUAUAUUUUAGGGUUAAGAUCGCCUAUAAGUUGCCUAAAAGUGACCUCCAUUGCUUCAGUUGCUGUAAUUUCAUCCUCCCUUUGUGUCUUUGCCGCUUGCACCUUUAAAAACACCACCUAUCUAUUCAGCAGAGGUAUUAAGUCUUUAAAAGUGUUUGCUUGUUGAGUUCAUUUUCCUCCACCAUCUGUAAAUAGUGUACAAAGGGGAAGAAAAAAAAAAAAAAUCCUGGCGGUUUGCAAGGAAAGCAUGGGAGAACGACACAUGUAAAAAAAAAAAACAACAACAAAAAAACUUCAAAAUGUCCAAAAAAGACAUUUUCGAAACAGUUGCGUGUACACGGGGAAAGAAAAACAACAACAACAAAAAAAACAAUUUAAGGCUGUAUCCUAAGGAGAAAGAGCUUAAUGUAUUUGUUGUGAAUAUGAAAAACUGAUAUAUUAAAGAAGUGCAUGAAAAGUAA